AGCGCACCUUUUUGUUUGUCUUCGCUAUUUUAUACACAUCAUGAAUGUCCCCAAACGCCGCCGCAACUUUGGUCUGACCGACGACGAGGACGCAGCCAAGCUCAAGCUGGGCGAGGACUUCCAAUACGCCGACUGCCUGCUGAUCUCCGAGGUCCGAAUUCUGCUAGAGGCGCAGUACGACACAAAGAAGGAGGACAAGACCAUCACCGGCGUCUACGAAAAGACCCUCGACUAUGUGCAAAAGUUCUCGCGCUACACGAACCGCGACACCGUCAAGGAGGUCCGGGCGCUGCUGAAGACAUCCAACCUGGAGCCAUUCGAGUGUGCGCAGCUGGGGAACCUGUGCUGCAAUGACUACGAGGAGGCCAAGGCGCUGAUUCCAAGCACCGCCGCUAAGAUUGACGACGAGGUCAUGGACUCGCUGCUGAAGCAGAUGGACAGCCUGAAAAAGUACCAGAGCUAAUAAAAAAGGUUAAUGUAUUUUCAACAC